AUCCGAGUUUGCUUGAUGCAAGUGCAAAUAGAUUGUAGUACUUUGAAAAUUCGAUGUGUGCCUUUCAAGACCGCUCCAAAGACACAAGUCUGGGUCUACGAGGUCUACCAUCAUAGAUAUCAACUGUAAUGCGAAAGACAUCGGCGAGAAUAAUCGUGAGAACUGACAUGAAAGAGAGGCGGGUCAGCGACCGUCCUGAAUCAGUUCGUACGCGUGUGAGAGAGAAGAGAAAGGCAGCCAGAAGCAACGCGGAAGACUCUCGUCCUCUUGGGGAAAACCGGAUUAGGAGUUGGUUAGUCUCAUCUUUUGAUCCUGCAAGUGCACACUGUCCAGGUCGGAGACGAGAAAUAGAGAAAGAAGGUCCAGUACAAGAAGGGUCAUUGCCAUGGGUUGACAGAUAUGUUCCAAGGUCACAAUCUGACUUGGCUGUUCACAAGAAGAAAGUAACAGAAGUGAUGAGCUGGAUCGAGAUCCACUUACAGCCACAUUGUCAAAAACAAGGUGGCAGUAUACUUAUUAUUACGGGUCCUCCUGGUGCGGGUAAGACGGCUACAAUCAAAGUUUUAGCGAGAGAUCUAUGUUGUCAGCUGCAAGAAUGGAGCAAUCCUAUUGGGCAUGAUGUCCAUCAGCAAACUGCAUCUGAAGAUAUACCUUGGCAUAUAGAUGAAACGUUGCACUAUGGAGAGUCGCAGACAAAGCAGUUCCGUGACUUUAUUUUUCGAAGUGACAAGUAUGGUACACUGCAGCUGGUUGGCAGUGUUUUAGAUCAACAGCCAAGUCAUAAGAAAAUCAUCUUAGUGGAGGAUAUGCCGAAUGCAUUUUACAGACGUCCGGAUACUCUAUGGCCCAUUCUAAAGCGGUUUCAACAAAUAGGACAUUGUCUUCUAGUGUUUAUCGUGUCAGACAGCACGAGCGGUGACAGCAGGAUAGUCAAACUUUUUCCAAGUCGUAUUCAGAAUGACUUGAGAAUAGACAUCAUCAAUUUCAAUCCAAUUGCUACUACAAACAUGACGAAAGCCAUAAACAAGAUAGUUGUUAUGGAAAUGAAGAGAUCGGGUGCCAUUUUGCAGAACAGCAAGUCAGUGAUAGCCGACUGUGCUGAAAGCAGUGCCGGAGAUAUACGUAGUGCCAUUAACACCAUUCAGAUGCUGUGUGUUGGCUCAGUGCUCACGGACAGGAAGGCACAACAUGGCGAUUCCAUUAGAAGAACAAUCAUUAGGAAUGACCACAGUUCGUCUAGAGUCGCAAUGCUAGGAAGCGAUGAGAGCAAUGAGAGCAAACUUUCUGCUAUUGGAGGAAGGGAUAGAUCAUUAUUCCUAUUUCGAGCGUUGGGAAAGAUACUUUACUGCAAACGUCUAACAGGCGAACCACAACCAGCUUACGAACAGUUGCGUGAUCACCUAGCUGAUAUGGAACGUUUACCUCUUUGUUAUGUACCAGAGGAAAUUGUUGAGGACUCUCAUCUGUCUCCAGACUAUUUCACUCUCUAUCUUCAUCAAAACUAUCUGGAUUUCUAUCAAGAUGUUGAUGAUAUUGUUAGGGCUGCUAGAUAUCUGAGUGAUGCAGAUACAUUGCAGAGUUCAUUUGAGUGUCGAGAUACUCUCCAUUGGUGUGCUGUUAGUAUAGCAUGCAGGGGUCUCAUGCACGCACGAUGUCAGUCCCCAUCCAAGUCAUCUUGGAGGCCCUUACACAAACCAAAAUGUAUCGAAGUAGAUAAAUUGGCGAAAGACAAUGUGAGGAGUGCACAUCAUCUGUUUGUAGAAUUGAAUCCGUGUCAAGCUCACUUGUGGCUACCUGUCGAGUUACACACUGAGAUUUUGCCUUUUCUUGCAAAACUGGAUGUGCCCUUACAAAGUUCUGACCAGAUCAGAUUUCUUCAGCACUUGUCUUCUUUUGCAAGACACUCUAGAUCAUAUACUGAAACAUUAGAUGAAAGAGACGUGGGUACUCUGGAAGAGGAGGAGUGUAGCAGUCAAAAUCAAAACAGUCAGCUAACAUCUAGUGGAACAUCCACUAGAGUGGCAGGCGAUGUUACCAACGAAACCAAUGGAGCCAUGCAGGAGGACGAGGAUGAAGUGAUCGAUGAGUUUGAAGACAACACGGACUGGUGAUUGUCGGUGUA